AGAGAGAGAGAGAGAGAGAGAGAGAGAGAGCACAUUGAGUCGCCAGCCGCUGGUCCGCGAGGUCGUGUUACGCUACAACGCCUAUCAGUGACCUUAUCGCCUUAGCGGUGGCACGCGCGCGACCCCACCGCUACAAAGAGAGAAAGAGAGAGAGAGAGAGAGAAUACGGCAGGAUGGUGGUGAUGACGUCUUGUUGUUGUUGUUUCUCGCCUCGGACGGGAACUAUGGCCGUAGGAAUCGUCUGUCUGAUCGUCGGCUUCUGUGCGUCCGUCGGGUUCUGCUUCGCUCUCAUCAACAUUGAGUCGGUGAAGGAGACGCUCGGCUCAUCUUACUCGGAGUACCAGAACAUGCUGAGCCUCAACUUGACGGAGCAGCGACUCAUGAUAGUGGAGAGCGUCAUAGGGAUCAAGGACUUCAUCAACUAUCUCAAUACUAUUCUCAUCAUUUGCCUCGUUUUCUAUGUUGUUUACACCUUCACCGCUCUCUUCCUCACCUACGGAGCCUGCACGGGUAUCAGGUCGCUGCUGCUGCCGUGGCUGAUAGUGGAGGUGGUGCCCUUUGGAUUUCAAGUUGUCGCGGUGGUGAUUCUCUUCGUGUUUGGCAGAGACGACCCGACGUUAUCCCGUGGCGGCGUGUACAUCGUGGCGGGGCUGGUCAACAUUGUGGCCUUUGUAUUUCACGUGUACUGGUGGCUGUGUCCUCUCGCCCACUAUCAAGAGCUGAAGAAGGAGGAGAGCACUCAGGUAGAGCCGCUCGUCCCGCCCUCCCACCCCAUGUACCCUAUGGUCCUCAUGAAGUACUGAAUGCCUGUGAUCAAGGUUCCUUCUCCUGGUGGUUGUGGUGGUGGUGGUGGUGAUGAUGGUGGUAGUGAGGGCGUGUUGAGUCUCCUCGUCAUUGUCUUUUUUCAGCACUACUACUACUACUACUACUACUACUACUACUACUACUGCUACUACUACUACUACUACUACUACUACUACCACUACUGCUACUACUGGUGUGAUAUUAUUUUUGGUUCUAAACAGACACGCUGGUUCUGCGUAUAUGUCUGUAGUGUCUGAGUUUAUUCAAAGUAUUACAAUUUUGGUCUUCAUGAUAAUGUUGAUAGACUUUUAGACCAUCAUCCGUCAUGCUAACUGCAGGAUCAGUGCAUUGAUUGUGUAAGUGAUGGAAAAAGAAAACAAACGUGUCUGUUUUACUGUGUUGAUUGCAAUUUCUAGCAACUAUAAGAAUGUAGGCAGGUUAAACUUUCAUCAGUCUGCAUGAUGUCACACCUCCGUUACUGCAGCAUCAGCAACAACAACACAAACAACAACAACAACAACAACAACUGCUACUACUACUACUACUACUACUACUACUAUAGGUUACAAAGAAAGCCUAGAAAGAUUAACCCUUUAAAAAAGAAAAGAAUUGCAUUAAAUCUACAAAACCAUUUUACUGUCGGUAAUGUGACACUAGUUUAUCAGUAUAUUUGCAGCUAUAAAAAAGUCUGACCGAGCUUAAUUUACGGGUAUGGGGGGGGGGCGAGGGGAACUCUACAGUGUGCCACGUUUCCAAAAAAUGCGAUGUGAAAUGGAAGUUAUUGGUGUACAAGGCAUCUCAAAUACCAUCAAUUCAGAUGUAUAAAUUUUCGACUUGUGUAUAUAGAUGGCUGAAUCAACAG